AUGCAGGCAUUACGAUCAACACCGAGGGUCGCCUCUCAAUUCCGGUCAACGGGUCUACCUAGACUUGCGAGGGGAUAUGCGACAGAGAGGUCAUUCGAGCAUUUGCUUGUGUCGGUGGCUCGACCUGGUGUUGGUUUGAUCCAGAUCAACCGUCCCAAAGCCCUCAACGCCCUCUCCACCCCGCUCAUCCUCGAGAUCAACCAAGCCCUCCGCGACUUCCAAGCCUCAAAAUCUAUCGGCGCCAUCGUCCUCACCGGAUCGGAAAAGGCAUUCGCAGCCGGUGCCGACAUCAAAGAGAUGAAGGACCUCACCUUCAGCGACGCAUACGGCAAGGACUUCAUAGAGUCCUGGUCGGAUCUCAUCACAUUCCUCAAGAAGCCGCUCAUCACCGCCGUCAACGGAUAUGCGCUAGGUGGAGGCUGUGAGCUCGCCAUGAUGGGAGAUAUCAUGUACGCGGGGCCCAAGGCCGUGUUCGGACAACCCGAGAUCAAGCUAGGCGUCAUACCCGGUGCAGGUGGCUCGCAGCGCCUUACCAAGGCAAUUGGGAAGUCAAGAGCCAUGGAGGUCAUCCUCACUGGCGACAACAUCACCGCGCAACAAGCAAGCGACUGGGGUCUUGUCGCAAAGGUGUUCGAGACACCCGAGGAGUGUGUUAGCGGUGCUAUCAAGACCGCGGAGAAGAUUGCGGGGUACAGUCAGAUUGCUGUCAAGGCAGCCAAGGAGGUUGUGAACAAGAGUCAGGAACUUGGUAUCAGGGAGGGUGUGGAGUAUGAGAGGAGAGUCUUCCAUGGUCUGUUUGGAAGCCAGGAUCAGAAGAUUGGUAUGGCUGCUUUUGCGGCGAAGGAGCAGGCUAAGUGGACGAACAAAUAG